AUGGCGUCGAUGUGCGGAAGCAGUAAGAGCCAUCCAGCUUUGACCACCAGCAGUUUUUACAGACCGGGUGCUUAUCCUUAUCACCAGAGCGAUUACUACCUGCCUGCGCGUUCGGCAUGGUCCAGAGUACCGCCGCACUCGUCAAAAUCGGGCCGAAGCGGCUCGUCAUGGAAAAUCGGCAGUGCUAUGCUGAUCGUCAUUUCGAUGCUGGUCCUCAUAGCGGUUCUUGCAAUUGCUGGAUUGGCACUUUGGAUGGGAGCACUCCGCACAGACUCGAAAACUGCAGUGGUAGGUUUCGCAGGACAGUUCAGAGUGGUGAGGGGCGAAAAAUAUAAUCCAAUGUUAAAACUUAACACUAGUAUGGUUUUCCGUGAGAAAGAACAAAAAUACAAAAAUAUCUUCGAGCUACUCUUCCGAAGAAGUGUACUGGGCCCAGCCUACAAACAGACGAUGAUCGACAAAUUCGAAAACAAUACCCUUAAAGUAUUUUUCAGACUGUAUUUAGACAGAAGGAAGAUCCCUAGAUCAAUAACCAAUGUCGAGGACACCAUCGAGGACAUAAUAGCCAACGAGACAUACUCUAUCUCAUCUCUGUUUAAAGAUAUGGAAUUGGACUUGACGAGUGUGUCUGUUAAACGACUAAACGCCGAGGGCUCGAAUCAAAAGCAAUCGCCGACGACGCAGUCGCAGCAGCGCAACACGAUGAUAACGAAGAACGGCAUACUGCGGCCCAAUCGCAACGUCACCCUCGUAUCGACUCCGAAGCUGAAGCAGCAGCAACAAAUGCGCCCAACCGAGAGCAUCGAGCAGCAGCACGAGAGCAGCUUGGACGUGUCCGAAAUAGACUUUAAUCAGCAGUCUCAUCAGCCAACGGUCAAGGGCACGUUCACAGCCACGAAGCUCAAUGUUUCUAGGUCAACGACUCUGACGAACAGAAACAAGGACGACGAGACUACGGCAAUGAGUGCCGAGACAACCACGCCGACUGCAACGAGCUCGAGCAGUAGCGGUAGUAGUUCGACGCUUGACCCGACGACGACGAAAAUCGAAUCUACGGUCAAGGUUCGCCCGUCGUCGUCGUCGUCGUCGACCCCAAUCUCGAGCACGAGCGGUAUAAGCGACAAAGCGGAAUCGGCCACGACCGACCCGACGAGUACUGCUUCUGCGUCCGCUACUUCUGUCGCUGGCAGUACGACCAGUACGAGGACUAGUGCAAUUACUACCACAGCUACUGCUACCUCUGCUGCUACUACUACUGCGAAAAUUGUCAACGAGUUUCGCGAGCCCGACUUCGAGACUUCGCCCUGGAAACCGAUCGUACCGCCGCAUCUGGCUAUGGAUUUGCCAAAAGUCGGCCUCGAUGUUGUCACCACGUCCAGUACUGAUGCGUCGAUAAAAGGUACCGACAACCCUACGACAAUCAUCGAUCCGUCUCGAGAAACUGAUACGGUAAUGUCAGUCAAUACGUUGAUACCGCCGAUGCUGAGCUCAAUGGACGACGAGGAUAGCGUUUUUCCUCACGAUCGUUUGGUCCCAGAAGACAUGGUCAAUUUCCGACCGAAUGGAAAAUUCAAAAACAAACCCUCGACUAUUGGCAUUCAAAGUCCCGAGGACGAAAAGACUACGAUCGAAACCAGCGGCCAAUUGCAUCCCGAUUCCUACGAUGUUCGGUUGAAAACGUCUUCCAAUGUCAAUGAAGAGCCCUCGACUACUUACAUCAAUCAUAAUCAAGAUUUCAUGGGGGGUAAGAUUUCGACUUAUCCGAUCUAUAACGAAGGUGAUAGUGAGCCAACCAUACUGACUGGAAUCGGAGUAGCGGAGCCAGUACUUGAAUCUGAAUUGGACUUAGAAAGCCGAAAUAAAUACAGCGAAAUUAUGGCCGACGAGCCGGACAAUUCCAACGCAACCAAUACGAAAGAAAAUAUCGAAAAUCACCAUCGCGUUUCGCAAGAAUCAGAGCCAAAGCAGCCGGUUUACACGAGCUACAAAACUCCCGAUUUGAACGGUGGCUCGAAACCACCCUUGGUCCGCAAUCCCGGAACAUUGAAACCUUUCAGUCACACCAUUCCAGUGGAUAAAAUUAAUCCUAUACAGGAUGAGAUAGUGAUCAGUUCCGAGUCCAAGGAAUCGCUGAAAAAGGAUAAGCCAACGAAGCGACCUCCGGGGUCGAUCAUACCCAAUCUCGAAAGAAUCGUCGAAAUCGAAACUUUUGUCAAAGACAAUAGCGAAGAGGCAAAUUCCCAAAAAGAUACAUCUACUCUUACUACUACUUCUACUUCUACUACAACUACAACUACAACAACAACUACGUCUACGUCUACGACUACGACGGCUCCUCCUACUACGAGUAUUACUGCUAGUACUACGGGAAAAAUUACUGAUUUUGACGCUUUCAAUGAAACUUUGAUCGAUGAAAGUCCAAUCUUGAUCCAGCCGGUAAUUGGUAGUAUCGUUGGAAUCGCUGCUAUCGAAGAAAUCGACGUAGACGUACCUAAAAACUUAUCAUCAGUUCAGGUAAACAUAGAGCCAAUAAUACCUGAGUUAAAGGUCAGCGAGAGUCAAACGAGCACGCCACAAAUAAAUUUAAGCGAAACCUCUAGUCAACCGAGCACAUCGGAGCAGUCCACGAUGAGAACUUACAACGAUACGUCCAAACCCAAUGUAGUCGUAGAUCUGGUGACCUUGGCCCCGGUCAAGAGCAAUUCGGGAGUGGGUCGACCCAUCCGACCAAGACCCAAAAUCGAUAAAAAUAAGCGUCCUCAGACCAUCGCCACCAGGCUGAGCGUGACCAAUGCCAAUUCUUCGGCGGACACGAUUCUUUUGGAGAGAAUUUUCGGAUUGCAAAAUAAUACACUGCAAAAGCCUCAGGUGCAUAAGGACGUGAUCGAGGAACCAGCUAUGGCAACUUUGGGACAGAUUGUUGAGGUUGUCACGACGAUAAGCACAAAGGUCUCGUCGAGCAUUCAAGCUGAUCAAAUUCCAUCUACGUUCGAGUCUGCGGUGGUAUCAGUAAAAAAUCAGACAUCUGAAAAUUCAACAAAAGCAGCUGAUGACAAGGUUGAUGCAAUUCAAAAUAAAGAACAAUACUUGAUGGACAAUCUUCGAAAGUUAGCAGCAAUUAGAACAGGUAACGAGAAACCAACGAAGACAAGGAACGAAGCAACGCAAGCACCGCCUUUGCCCAUGAGAACAAAACCGUCGAAUAUCAUCGACCUGGAAAAGCUGAAAAAAAUAGCAGACGUCAUAGCAAAAGGAAAUAAAACCUUCGGAAUUACAUUACCUAAAGAAACUACCCUCAAUUUUACGUUCAGUCGUGACGGCGUUCCGGUGUUGACCAAAACCUUAACCAGAGUCGAGGAACGAAGUGACAAAAUGAUUUUUCCAGUAGCUGAUUUCAAUGAAACCCUUGAUCUUCCCUGCGACGGCUUUCGAUGCAACGACGGUAAAUGUUUACCACGAUCUGCAAAGUGCAACAUGUUUGGCGAAUGCUCAGACUCCGAGGACGAGAUCAAUUGUACCUGCGCUGAGUUCUUGAAGGCUCAGAGACACGACAAAAAGAUUUGCGAUGGCGAUGUAGAUUGUUGGGAUUACUCGGAUGAGGCUGAUUGUGACUGGUGCAAAGACGGCCAGUUCGUCUGCGGCAACAGUAAGUACUGCAUCGACCAGAUCCAGGUGUGCGACGGUGCACCGGACUGCCCGAACGGCGAGGACGAGAAGAAGUGCGCCGCUCUGAUCGACGAGGAGAUCCUCCAGCCGAACUUGGAGCAGACCUAUCGUCAUCCGUUCGGCGACGAUCUCGAGGAUCUGCUGAGCGAUCAGCCCUCGUUGGCCGACAGAAUAAUCUCGGACGAGGACAACGCCGACGACGAAAAUGACGACGACGACGACGACGACGACGACAGCUCGAGCUCGCUGGAUGCCAUCGUCGAGGACAGCCUGCUGCGCACCGACGACAACUUGACCGACGUCGUUUCCGGCCGCGAGAUACACAAGUCGAAGAACCGUAACAAUUUACUGCGUCCCUCGCUGUCGUCCGCCAAGACGAACUCGAACCAAGCCGCUUAUCCUUACGCCAAGUACAACUACAGGCCUGAAGUCAACAAUUACAACGAUCGAGGCUUUCUGAGCAUACGAAAAAACGGCAAGUGGGGAAAGCUGUGUCUGAGCGACGAGCUGCUGCAGAGGCGAAGUUUACCCUGGUCCAUCGAGGAUCUCGGACGAGCCGUGUGCAAAACCAUAACUUAUCAAGAUUUCGCCAAGGUCGAGCAGGUGCAGGAGGAUCGUUUUUCGCGGGACAAAAACUACUACAGUCUGUCGCUGAGCAACGACAGACCGCUGGAGAAGAACAGUCUGACCUUCACACCGACGGAGUGUCCCAAUCGCCAGGUCCUCAGAGUGAAGUGCAAAAAUUUCGAGUGCGGCAUCAGAACGCAGGCAACGACUCAAGCGAGAGUCGUCGGCGGUGGUAGCUCCAGCACCGGAAGUUGGCCGUGGCAGGUUGCGCUCUACAAAGAGGGCGAGUACCAAUGCGGCGGUUCAAUCAUAAGUGAUCGCUGGAUCAUAUCGGCAGCUCACUGCUUUUACAAAUCGGAGAACGAAUAUUGGGUGGCGAGAAUCGGUACGACGAAACGCGAGAGCUUGCCGAGCCCGUACGAGCAGGUGCUGAGAGUCGACUACGUCGUCACGCAUCCCAAUUACAACAACACGGGCUAUAUCAACGACAUCGUCCUGCUGAGGCUCGAGAAGCCGAUGACGUUCAGCGAUUACGUCAGGCCGGUCUGUUUGCCGUCGAGGGAGCCGCAACACGACGAAUUGUGCACGGUCACCGGAUGGGGUCAACUUUACGAGAUCGGCAGGAUUUUCCCCGAGACGCUGCAAGAGGUCGAGGUGCCAGUCAUCUCCACGGGGAUGUGCAUCAUGCAAACGGUCUUCUCGUCUCUGUACAGAAUCUCGCCGGGAAUGUUCUGCGCGGGUUACAAGGCGGGCGGAAGGGAUGCUUGCCUCGGCGAUAGCGGUGGACCUCUGGUUUGUCCUGGUCCCGACAAUAAGUAUACCCUGCACGGAAUCACGUCCAACGGUUUCGGCUGCGGCCAAGCCGACCGACCGGGCGUCUACACGAAGGUACACUACUACAUCGGCUGGAUUCAGCAGGUCGUGGCGCGGCAGAAUCCGACCACGGCCACGUCCCACUGCCGCGGGCAUCGCUGCCCGCUGGGCAGGUGCCUGUCGAGGUCGCGCGUCUGCAACGGCUUCCAUGAGUGCUCGGACGGCAGCGACGAGCGCAACUGCAGCGGCGCGGCCAGCAAUCCCGACGGAUUAUUUCGAUAACACGAGGGUAUAGCGCGGGAACGGCUUCGACGCCGUUGGCAAAUUGUAAAAAAUAAACUACUACUUAAUUAAAGACUGAUUUAUGUUUGCGCAGAAGAAUCGAGGGAUUGAAUGACUGACUGUUUGCAAGACGAUACGCGUGCUUGAUGUCGUGUGAUUUUUAUAUUUUUAUAAGGCGUAAUUAUUACUUUAUGUAUUUGAUAAACUACAUAAAUCGAAGGGUAUCAAAUUAACGCAAUGAAAAACUUUUAGAUAUCCGCAAAGUUAUUACACUUACGAUAGAAAUAAUUAAAGACAAAAAAAUUUGUUUUUAUUAAAAUGAUCAAUAUUUUGUGCGAAAAAUAUAAAUAUUUAGCUACUAAGAAUUGUAUAAGUAGAUAACAAAAUUAAUUCUACAGAUAUUGUUUACGUUAUUUUAAAUUAAAUAUGAUAAUAUUGUACAUAUUAUUUGAUAAGAUCAAUGCUCUUAGUACUAACUCACGUCAAUUACUCUAAUUUGAUACUCAAUCGUAACAAAAUACACGUCUUUGUAAAAAAAGUUAGAAUAUUUUUAAUGAAUUUGACAAUUAAUUGUUUUUUGAAACAAUGGAUUAUUCGUGAUAAUGGAAAGUUAUGCAUAAGGGCGUCAUUACGUUAUACACCCGCUGUAAGUUUGUGAAAAUAAUAAUCGAAUAAAAUUCACGUACUAUUUUGCA